AGCCGAAUUUUAAAGUGACGUGCCCACUCACUCUCUCUCUCUCUCUCUCUCACUUGUGUGCGAGAAUUUUGAAAACUGUUCGGAGGUUGUUUCUCUGCAAAAAUUUAGGGAUCUGAGAAGGAGACAGAGAGACACACACCAUGAAUCGGCACCACGACCCUAAUCCAUUUGACGAGGAAGAGGUCAAUCCCUUCUCGAAGGGAUCUGCUGCCCCUGGAUCAAAGCCACGCAUUCCACCAUUGGGAUCUGAAACCUUGGGCUUUGGGCAGAAACAUGAUGCAACGGUGGACAUACCAUUGGAUACAGUGAAUGGUUCUAAGAGCAAAGAGCAAGAGCUUGCAUCUUGGGAAGCAGAUCUCAAACGGAGGGAAAAGGACAUAAGACGGAGAGAAGAUGCUGUCGCUAAAGCUGGUGUCCCUAAUGAUGAUAAAAAUUGGCCUCCAUUUUUCCCGAUCAUUCAUCAUGAUAUAGCCAAUGAAAUACCAGUCCAUGCUCAAAGGCUGCAGUAUUUGGCUUUUGCAAGUUGGCUAGGUAUAGUUCUUUGUCUUGUUUUUAAUGUGAUUGCUGUGAUGGUGUGCUGGAUCAGAGGCGGGGGUGUCAAAAUUUUUUUCCUUGCAACGAUCUAUGCUCUCCUUGGAUGCCCCCUGUCAUAUGUGCUGUGGUACAGGCCUCUCUACCGUGCUAUGAGGACAGAUAGUGCCCUGAAGUUCAGUUGGUUUUUCCUAUUCUACUUGAUUCACAUUGGGUUUUGUAUAUUCGCUGCUAUUGCACCUCCAGUUGUCUUUCAUGGGAAGUCAUUGACGGGAAUCCUUGCCGCGAUUGAUGUUUUUGAUGGCCAUGUAAUGGUUGGGAUAUUCUACUUAGUUGGCUUUGCCUUGUUUUGCUUGGAGUCACUUCUAAGCUUAUGGGUACUUCAGAAAAUUUACAUGUAUUUCAGGGGGAACAAGUGAUGUGAUUCUGGUGCAGUGAUCCAUUUAGUAGUAUUGUACAAUAUAUAUCCCUGCUUUUCAGGGCGGCUCUUGCUAUAUUCAUAUUUCUUCUGUUACAUUGAUUGUUACUUUGUGAGGAUUGGACUGAGUUAAUUCAAUGAUUGGCAUGUUAAAUAGAUGGUAGGUGCAGAGUUUGCAUCUAUUUAGAGUUAUAUUUUCCUUCCCGUUGUCCUAGGGUUCAUAAUUACUUUUGCUUUUUCAAAAGAUUGGUGUAUUAUAUAAAAAUGCAUGCAUAUAAA